CUGCUGCUUGCUUCGAACUCGCGGCUUUCUUGACUCGACUGUAAAUGUUGUGGAAGAAAAUUUUCGUUUACCUUUCGAUUUGCCAAUACUGGAGGCUAUUUCGACGCUGAUACCGGCUAUUGCAUAGUCUGCUGGUGCUGGUACCGGGUUUGGUGUUGUACAGCUUUCUCACCAUCUGCUGACUCGCCAUUCGAUGCCAUUGGCAGGGCCUUCUGAUUAGCCAUCGGUAAAGUGUAGCCUUGCUUCUUCUGCCCUUGUUUCCCUACAAGCCGCCGAUAGCCUGCAGUACGCUGUUGCGACGCUGGCGUCACUGACUGGACCCCAGUUUAGUAGGAGCUCGUGCCGCCGCAUUGUUGUCACCGUCAUCACCACACAACUUGCUGCUUUGCGUCUACAUUGCAAUCCUCCCUAUACAUUCCCCUAUUAUCUGUCAUGAGAUAGAUAUCCAAAACUUCAGGCUACCACGUCUCAUUAUUAUACACAAUGGACAAGCUCCAUCCUGCCGGCGUCGGGUCACAACCGCGACCUCGGCGGAUGGUCUUGAGCUUCGGCGUCACCCUGCUCCUCCUUACACUGGCAGGUUACUGCAUGAUAGCGUUUGAAUAUUCGACAGGGACCUUCAAUGUCCACAAGAACGCUUUAUUCAGUGUCAUCAACGGCCACGGCGCAACCUCCAACACGUCAGAGAAAGCUCCUGAAGUGGACGUUACCGGCGACCGAUUUGCGCUGCACCCCUUGCAACACAUUCUGCGCAAGCCCAAGACGCUAAAGUUUGAUUGGAAUAUUACAAAAGCCAAGCAUAGCCCGGACGGUGUUUUGAAAGACGUCUACUUGAUCAAUGGACUCUUUCCAGGCCCGACCAUCGAAGCUCGAUCUGGCGACGAACUCGAAAUACAUGUAACGAAUAAUAUUGAAGACGAUGACCACGAUGGAAUCUCUGUGCAUUGGCACGGACUAUCCAUGAAAGGCGCAAACCACAUGGAUGGUGCUGUGGGCAUCACACAAUGCACAAUUGCCCAGAACGGCAGCUUUACGUAUAAAUUUAAAGUACAAGAUGAUGACCAUGGGACGUUUUGGUACCACGCGCAUUCUGCUGUCAAGCGAGCAGACGGUUUGUUUGGCGGCCUCGUAGUCCAUAAGCCGGCGGGCGCAGAAGCUAAAGAGGGCGACCUUACGAAAUAUAAAUACGACGCCGAACGAUUGUUUCUCAUUGGAGACUGGCACCAUCUCCAAGCCAGCGACGUUUUGGAAUGGUAUAAAGAUCCAGGGCACUUCGGCCUCGAGCCGGCCCCGGAAUCGCUACUUAUCAAUGGCGAAGGCUCGUUCAACUGCUCCAAUGCCAACGACGUUCAGGAUGUCAAGUGCGCAGCCAAGCCAGUCCCGAGCUUCCAAGUCCACGGACAGAAAGCUGUACGAUUGCGUGUCAUUAAUACAGGAGCUUCUGCAGGCUACUCGCUACAACUAGGCCAGGGCAGUAUGCGCGUCAUCACUGUUGAUGGCGGCGGCGCUGUGCAGAAUGCCCCAGCUGCCUCGGCGGUAGGCGUCCUCUACCCAGGCGAGCGCAUGGAUGUACUGCUAGAGCACAGCGAAGCUAGAAAUAUUGACACGAAUUUGACCGUCAUUCUUGACGAAGAAAUCAUGCCGCUGAUGAACCCGGCACUGACGCCGACCCAACAUUUUCCCUUCCGCUGGGAGCGAACCGACAAGACAAAGAGGGGUUUUGAGUCUGUUACAGCGCGCGAGGAAGUUGUCAAGCAAUUCGAUCUACAAGACGCCCAAGGCGAGCCCAUAGAUGCCAAGUCCAGCGUCCACAAGAAGCCACCCCAUGCGGCGCUCUUCUAUUCGACCAUUGAUAUCCGCGCCACGCAGAAUAACGAGCCAGUUGGCAAUGUCAACCACACAUCAUGGAUUCUCGCUGACCCUGCUGCUAAACCACUGCUAGCACUAGACCGCACGCAGUGGGACGGCGUGACCAAGCAGCCCAGCUCGAGGCAAAAGUUUCACGUGCCGUUCUUCCCUGAGGGCGAAUGGAUCGACAUUGUAGUCAACAAUGGCGACGAUAAAGGUCACCCGUUUCACAUUCACGGCUUUGACUUUUACGUCGUCUCCACGGCCAUCAGCGAACUUGGCCAGUGGUACAAUCCCUUUGACCCCGACAACAAGGACUACCAGGUACAAAAGUUCUCGACACAGACGGCUCUUCGCAAAGACACGGUCCACGUCCCGUCGAGGGGCCAUGCUAUUCUGCGCUUCAAGAUGGACAAUGUCGGCCUCUGGCUGAUGCACUGUCACGUCCUCUGGCAUCAAGCUAUUGGUAUGGGCAUUGUGCUGCAAGUCGGUAAUUCUACGCAAGCCACGAUGGAUAAAGCAAGCGCAAGCUGCACGAAGUGAUGACCAUAUAUGCCUACACGCAUGCAUACAACUGUAUAUAUAUAUAUAUACGCAUAUAUUCUAGUAUUUUAAAUUCAUAUUUACAUAAAUACCCAAGUUUAAACCAUUUCUAUAUGACACUUCGGCCUCGUCUCCAUGUCUACUGUUCUGUGUGUUUAAGCCUUGUUUUCCAGCUUAAACGAACGCAACUGGCCCUUCCAUCCAUUCACACUAUCCAAAGGCGCCUCGAGGGCCAUCUUUUCGUAGCGGAUGCUCUCGUGGUGAAUACCCAUCUUGGUCUUAAACUCCUCCUGGUUGGCGUUACCACCGACACGCGCCACCGAAGCAUACGUGCGGUCACCGUUACCAGUGAUCUUUAUCUCGACCCAUUCGUUUCGCGGCACGGCCAGGCUGGUGCGGUAAUAGUUGCCGUUGGUGUUAAAGGUCAGGUUGGGCGUCAGCUUGAGGAUCGUGUCACGGCCCUCAACCAAGGUAGCGUCGUUGGCAUCGCCCUGCACACCCGCAAUAUUGACGACCAUAGUCAGCGUGUAGUCGCGGCCCUUGGAGCUCAGCGGCGUGUCCAGCGAGCAGUCCGACGUCAACUGAAGUGCAUUAUCCUUGACCCGGCACUUUGUCUCGCCGUGGUACUCGUUGCCCGAGGUGUCACGAACCACGCCACCGGAGACGCCGCUGGCAAAGGAGUAAUCCAGAAUUGUGGUGCCCUUGGACUCGAUAUGGCGAUCGAGGUUCUGCGCGGGGAUGUUGCGGAUCAGCUUGCUAAAGGUCUUGUCAAAGGCAUCUGCGGUCAGGCUGCCGCCCCAGUACUUGUCGCCAAAGGCAGGGAUGCUGUCGCGCCAAGCGUAGUAGGACUCGAGCUGGGUCGUGGCGUUGGGGCCAAAGUCGUUCCAGAUGGGGGCAAUUGCACCAAGCACGCGCUUCUCAUCCUUGGCAGCAUUGUCAGAGACCUUCUUCUGGUUCAGGAUGUUGGGGUACCAGGGUCCAUUGUUGGCAGGGUCGCUGUGGAAGGUCUGUUUUAUGUCCAAGUGCUGCGGGUAGCUGGCGGACCACUUGCUGACCACGUAGAGGUUGUCGUUGGAGUUGGCCACGUCGUAGCCGUUUUGGAUGUAAUCCUUGAGAGGGUUGUCCUCAAAGUACUCCCAGUGCUGCACGGACACGUCCUUGCUGAUGUUGUUCUUGUACGACGACUUGGGCGGGAACGUGCCCCAGAUGCGCACUGCCUUGCCCGACUCGGCCUUGAUGAACUUGUUCAUCUCGUUGACAAAGUAGUUGUAGUCCUCAGCCGGGCCCGUGUACUCGUCGGCGCCAAUUGACACCACCUUGCUCUUGAACCAGGGCAGAAACUCCUUCCAGAUGAGCUGCAGGGAGGGCAGUGUGUCCUUGUGCUUGAUGUUGAGCAGCGACUGGUCGCCGGGGUACGCAAUCUGAGGGCGCCAACGGACAAUGCGCAGCGCGUGGCCGGGUGCCUCAAUCUCAGGAAGCACAGUGACACCGCGAGAAGCGCAGUGAGACUGGAAGUCGUCAAACUGCUCGCGCGUGUAGGACUCGUUGCGUGGCGAGGAGAGGCCUGCCAGGUCCUUGUUGUCGGACCAGAGGCGGAACCAGGCGCCGAGGUCGUCGGUCUGCUGCUUGGAGAACUUGGGGUCGGUGUUGAGGUUGUCGCUCAGGUGCAGGUGGAAGACGUUUUGCUUGAAGUAGCUCAUGUACGAGCAAAUCUCCUUGAUGAAGGAUGGCGAGUAGUAUGCACGGCCGCCGUCAAGCAUCAUGCCACGAGUCGCCCAGCCAGGGCUGUCCUGGCCGCGGCCGUAGGGGACGCCCACAGUAUCUAUGUCGGCAUUGUUGAUGGUAGCUUGCUGGAGGACGGUACGCGUACCCCACCAGGCUCCAAGAGGGCUGGCACCUUCAAUAAAGACACCAGACGAGUUGGUCGUGAGGGUGUAUCCCUCUGAUGUAGGACGGCCAGCGGCAUCCAGAUACUUGCCAGUCUUGUCGAUGGUCAGGUAGAUGGCGUUGGAGCCACUGCUGCCCUGCUUGACGGGGAUGUUGUAGCCGUGAACAUCCUUGAGGUCCUUGGCGAAGGUGUUGGCAAACUCGAGGAGGGUGGGCGGGAUGAGCGUCGAGCCCUGUUCGUCUUUUGCGCUGGCAUAUUUGGCGUCCACAAUGAUGCUGUGGAUGUUUUCAAAGUCGUAAAACUUGGCCGGAGAGGCGGCUGUGAAGGGGGCCGUCGGGAUGGUGUUGAGAUCGCCUGCGGCUC